AUGGAGAGGAGACGGGUCACCUCAGCGGCUCGCCACUCCUACAGCUCCUCCUCGGACGUGCUCGGGGGAGGCCUGGUCUCCGGCCGCCGCCUGGGCCCGGGCCCGGGCACCCGCCUCUCCCUGGCCAGGAUGCCGCUUCUUCUCCCAGCCCGGGUGGACUUCUCGCUGGCCGGGGCCCUCAACACCGGCUUCAAGGAGACGCGGGCCAGUGAGCGGGCAGAGAUGAUGGAGCUCAACGACCGCUUUGCCAGCUACAUCGAGAAGGUGCGCUUCCUGGAGCAGCAGAACAAGGCGCUGGCUGCGGAGCUGAACCAGCUGCGGGCCAAGGAGCCCACCAAGCUGGCCGAUGUCUACCAGGCUGAGCUGCGUGAGCUAAGGCUGCGGCUCGACCAGCUCACAGCCAGCAGCGCCCGGCUCGAGGUCGAGAGAGACAAUCUGACGCAGGACCUGGGCACCCUGAGGCAGAAGCUCCAGGAUGAAACCAACCUGAGGCUGGAGGCUGAGAACAACCUGGCCACCUAUCGACAGGAGGCAGAUGAAGCCACCCUAGCCCGCCUGGAUCUGGAGAGGAAGAUUGAGUCUCUAGGGGAGGAAAUCCGGUUUUUGAGGAAGAUCCACGAGGAGGAGGUGCAGGAGCUCCAGGAGCAGCUAGCCCAGCAGCAGGUCCACGUGGAGCUGGAUGUGGCCAAGCCGGACCUCACGGCGGCCCUGAGAGAGAUCCGCACGCAGUACGAGGCCAUGGCGUCCAGCAACAUGCAUGAGGCCGAGGAGUGGUACCGGUCCAAGUUUGCGGACCUGAACGACGCAGCCGCCCGCAACGCCGAGCUGCUCCGCCAGGCCAAGCACGAGGCCAACGACUACCGGCGCCAGCUGCAGGCCUUGACCUGCGACCUGGAGUCCUUGCGCGGCACGAACGAGUCCCUGGAGAGGCAGAUGCGGGAGCAGGAGGAGCGGCACGCGCGGGAGGCGGCGAGUUACCAGGAGGCGCUGGCUCGGCUGGAGGAGGAGGGGCAGAGCCUCAAAGACGAGAUGGCCCGCCACCUGCAGGAGUACCAGGACCUGCUAAACGUCAAGCUGGCCCUGGACAUCGAGAUCGCCACCUACAGGAAGCUGCUGGAGGGCGAGGAGAACCGCAUCACCAUUCCCGUGCAGACCUUCUCCAACCUGCAGAUCCGAGGGGGCAAACGCACCAAAGAAGGGGAAAGUCACAAGGUCACAAGACAUCUCAAAAGCCUCACAAUACAAGUUAUACCAAUACAGGCUCACCAGAUUGUAAAUGGAGCCCCGCCGGCUCUCGAAACUAGCCUGGACACCAAGUCCGUGUCAGAGGGCCACCUCAAGAGAAACAUCGUGGUAAAGACCGUGGAGAUGCGGGACGGAGAGGUCAUAAAGGAAUCCAAGCAGGAGCACAAGGACGUGAUGUGAGGCAGGACCCUCCAGGUGGCCCCUGUCCCACAGUGUGAGGGGCCUGAGCAGAUGGGAUUGUUGCCCCUCUCCUGAUGGUGGACUCCCCCAGACCCGAGUUCCCACUCACCCCGGCUGCUCCCCUCGUCCCUCCACCUCUACACCAGCUUGCUGCCCUAGGCUCCGUGGGUACCAGACCUGCCAGACAGCACCCACCCUACACCCAGUAACCCCAACUAACAAGGCACUUACCCCAAAGGGGCGGCCUGGAGGGGCAUGGCCAGCAGCUUGGGUUAGAACCGGGAGGAAGGAGAAAAGUUGGGGAGGGCCAGGACCCAAUAAAUUGCCCUCCUCGACAUCCCUAACCCCCACUGUCAUGGCAACUAUUGCCAGAGCUGGGGGUCCCUGGGGGUAACUGGGAAGUGGGCCUUGGGGUUUCGUCAGGCUGCUGGCGGACAACCAAGACUCUGAGACAGGAACCCCCACAGGCAAGGUAGUCCUGGCCAGGGGUGUCUUCUUCUAGACUGACCCUGAGCAGUCUGAGAGCGGGUGGGGACAUCCUGCCACUUGGAGUGGUGCCCAGACAGAAUGCCUGGCCUGCCCAGAUCCCAGAGGGGCCUUCUGAGUGACGAUUCAAAUGUCUCAGUCCCACAGAGCUGACAUGUGGGCAUGCUGUGGGCAUGCCAUGGGCAUGUGGGAGCUUGAUUCUCAGCACUUGCGGGAUCUAUAGUGUAAGUGGAGAGGGAAUGGGUGCUGGGAAGGAGUAGAGGGGAGCUGCCUGGCCCCUAGGUUGGAUACAGAGAGGUCAAGCCCAGGAGUCGACCCUCCAUAAGGCUGGAGGGGAGGCAGGUGGAGAUGGUAGGGGAGGCAGUUGGGAUGAUGCUAGACAUCAGAGUUGGGGGUUGUGGGCAACCAGGUACACCUGGCCUCUGGGUCAUGGGGAAUCAAGGAAGUGACUCAUCCUCUUGAAGAUGCUCAAACAGGAGAGAGAGGCAGCCGUCCCCGGGGGCAGGGCGCACUUUGUCCCAUGCUAAAGGCCCCUUCCUUGCUGCAUAAUCCCUCCACCCAGGCGUCGGAGCUACUGUAGCUGCUGCCUCGAGACCCCAGCAAACACUGCUGGGCGAAGCCACCCCCAUUCAUCUGACACUCUCCACCCUACAGUGACCUGCUGCUUUCCCCUAACCAAGGGCCCUUGUGGUUCUCCUCUUACUCAAAUACAAAGUGUACCCUCAUUUUGUAGGUAGUACUCUAGUUUAUCAUUCGGGAAAUGGAGGCAUGAGCAGAGUGAAGGCUCUGGUUUGUGCUCUGCUUUCCGUGGGAAGACUGUGGGGGGCAGGCACAGGACUAUCUGUUCCCAGAAGUAAGGCUGAAAGGGCCCACUCCAGGGUCCCCCUCGCCGUUCUAAGGCCAGAGAAGUGAGAGUCCCUCCCUCUUUCCAAGACCUGGUGCCCUUUCCCCCACUCCCUCCUGCCACCCACUGCUGCUAACCUUCAGAGCACCACUGCAGCCUUUACUCACUAAGGUAAAUAAAGACAAUGGCCGUGGCCUUUC